AUGCCCCGAGUCCCGCGUUCUCGCUGCGCGUAUGCUAUGUUCGAUGAGCCCGUCAAGCCCAAGCGCGCGCCGGCGAAGAAGCGCUCCGAGAUGACAGAAGAUGAAAAGGAAGAGGCCGACAUUAUGCGCAUCGCACGCAAAGGAAUCAAGAUUGCCAAGGACGAGUGGGAGAAAGCUCUUCCCGCACCCUGGGCUGGCCCUGAAGACUUCAAGUGGCCCACGGGCACUAUUGGCAUAUACAAGAGCGAUGCGAAGUCCUCAUUCGGUCUCACAGACAAGGACAUCAUGACCCUACGCCACGAAGCCAUCUCUGGCUCGCCCAAGACGUUCUACUCGCUCAUUGACGUCAAGAAUCUGUCCUUCGAGAAGUUCGCUGCCAGUGCCCUCUCGCUCGACUUCAAGAUGCCUGGUCAGCCCAAGAACGGCACCGUUCGCAUAUUCCAAAAGACUGAUCACUCGCCUAACCGUCGCACGCGUACAAACUGGAGAGACCUCGAGCGCGCAUCCUGGUUCAUGGUUGAGCGUUUCUACAUGAAGGACGACCCUAUGUUCGCCAAAUCUGUUGCAGUUGAAGCAUAG